AUGCUGCAACUAUUCGGUCGUCUCCCUAUGGAGCUCCGGAUUGAGAUCUUCUCGUACCUCUUCGAGAAGAAGUGGAAUGGCUGGCGUGCUGACAUCCCACGGGAGACGAUAUCGUAUCUAUAUCGUGAGAGCUCUCUGCGACAGGUUCUCGCCCACUUCUGCCACAGAUUGCUUCGUAUCUACGACCUCGAUGUCUUUUACGAUAAGGCUGUCUUUCUUUCCCGGAAGCCCGACAUGGGCUCUAUGCUAAAGGAAAUCCGUUUCGACAUUGACUUGGGAGAACGGCCCAAGACCGAGCUCUUCUACGAACAGCCCAGCGGCACUCCCAUCAACAUCAUCCGGAUGAUAGUCAAAUACUACAAUGAAGAAUGCUCACGCAUUCCCCCUAGAAGAAAAAGUCCGUGGUGGAUGGUUCGGGCGACGGCCUUCUAUCAAGUAUGGCUGACUUGCUUCCUUCGGCGCAUACCAGAGGUCGAGUAUGUCUCUUUACACCUUCCAGAACGAGGAACGAUGCCCCUUAUCGCCGGCGUGAAUGACGACAUCGUGUUGCCGGGAGUGGUGUCUCUUAGCCUUUGGCCCAGUGCCGAAUUCAGUCUCCUAUUUGAUGCGGACUUGGACCUAAACAUGGGAAGCGCCAUACUUCACAUGGCUCCGAACGUGGAGACACUGUACAUAUUCAAUCACGCACAGGUUUCUUUGCCUACCGUCUUCACCGACGAAGGCCUCACUGCAGUUGGCAUCACGGCUAAGCUGAAUAGGAUAAGGCACAUCAUAAUCAGCCUUGAACCUGAACUUCCCUUGGUGCAGCUCAGCCGGCUUUUCGCCGCGAUGGGUCCCAACCUUAGCUCCGUGGAAAUCGACUACAGAGUCGGGUUGAGCAUAUGCCAUCGUGUGAAGCUUGACAUUUCCCUUCGCGACAUACUGAUCAUUCUCUUGCCUUGGCGACAUACAUUGACGUCACUGGAAAUCUACGUGGGGAAUCAUUCGGCUGACAAGCGACGUCUGACGCCAGACGACGACCUUCUACUUCAAUUCGAUCAUCUAAAGACACUGUUCGCUGACGAGUUCUCCAUCGACAUACACACGAGCAGACUGGGAUACAUGCUUCCAGAGUCUCUCGAACAUCUGAAGGUAAAGGGGACCUCGCUAAAGGCGCUCGCUAUAUCGUAG